AUGGCAGAAAGAAAAGUUCUAGUUAAAUAUUAUCCACCUGAUUUUGAUCCAAAAUUACUACCAAAUAAUCAUCGUCCAAAAGGAAAAUAAGAUAAUGUUCGAAAUAUGCUUCCAAUGACUGUAAAAUGCAAUCAUUGUGGUAAUUAUCUCUAUAUUGGCACUAAAUUCAAUAUGAGAAAAGAAACUGUGUGGACUGAGAACUAUCUAGGUAUUUUAAUUCAUAGAUUCUAUUUUAAAUGCACGUACUUAAUCAUAUUUAUUUAUUAGUUAUUGUUAUGCUGAAAUUACUUUUAAAACUGAUCCUCGAAAUCAUGAUUAUAUAGUUGAAGGAGGAGGAACCAGAAAUUAUGAUCCAUAUAGAGAUGCCAAAGCAGCUGAAGAAGUUCUUAAAUAAAUGAGAGCCAAUGAAGAAUAAGGAGAUUCUAUGAAAUUCUUAGAAAAUAAAACUCAUGAUUCAAAAAAAGAGAUGGACAUCUUAGAUGCUAUUGAUGAUACUCAUUAACUUAAUAGAAGAUAAACAUAAUUUACACCUGACAUGUUGCUUAAAUAAUUGUUUUAUGAUUUAGAUGCUUUAGAAUUAUAAGAAGAAUGGGAAAAAUAAAAAGGAUUUAAAGAAUAAUUUAAAGUUAAAAGAUUGUCUGAUGCAAAUGAAAAAGAGUAAUAUAUUAAUAUAUUAAUAAUUAGGGAUAAAACUAUGCAUAGUGUUACUCAACAUUUAAAAUAAGUAGUAGUUUAAUAAUAAACAAAAUAAAUUUAAUAAUAAGUGAAACCAAAGUUUAUCAAAAAGUAAAUAUGUUGUGAAAAGGAUGGAGAGAAAGUUGGUUUCAUCAAUAAAGAAGAAGAAAAAGAUGAAUUAAAUAUUAAAUAAGAAACUCAAAAUAAGAUUAUAUCAUUAGUAGAUGAUGAUUAUUAAGAUUGA